AAAUAAAAAAUCAUAUCUAUGUUGCAACUUUCCCUUGUAACAAAUUCAACUCGCAGAUUAGUUCUUCUCCGGUAAUCAAUGGCCACCACAGGAAUAAAUUACAAUCGAGAAGUCAGACGACGCCGAAUUAUUGAUAGAGGAUCUGACCGGUUAGCCCUCAUUACCGGCCGUAUCCACUCCAUACCUUCCACCCCAGAACAACAAGAUCAAUUGUCCUCCGAUUCCCUUCAGCAUGAAGAGAGAGUCUCUGGUUCUUUGUUAGCAAAUCAUGAUUCUCAUGACCAAUUUGACCCGCUCAAUAACUCUGAGGAUAAAGUAGAACCUUUAAGUACCCUACUGCCCACGUUACCAAAAAAGCUAUUAAUGCACAAAAGUGACAAUGACGGAAACGUUGGAAGCUCCAGAGCAGCGGUCUUGCUUGGUAACGAGGAAGAAUCAUUUCAAGUUUCAUCGUCAAUUCAAACUCCUGUCACAGACAGUGGACUCCGACAACCUAGCCGUCAGAAUUUGCGCACAGCAAAUGAAAUACGUACUGCAAUUUCAGCUUCAGAGAACACUCGGAUCUGUUGUUCCAUAGCAGCUGCCAUUUUAGUGCUCUUGUCAUACACAGGAUUCCCAUUUCUGGGCUGGGGCAUUUUUAGAAGCAUCAUAUGUUUCAGACCACUUUAUCUGCUUCUGAUAACAAAUAUAUCAAUUGUGGUUGCACGGCUUCUUCUAGAAAGAAAAGGGAGCGAGGAAAGACAGACGAGCAGUGUUCCUUCUGUUGGUGGAGAUGGUAUGAUCGAUCAAGUAUCGAAAGCUCUUGAGUUAGGGUUAAACUAA